AUGAAACACGCCUUCCCAUUGGACGAGCUAAAUCCUCUAGACUGCACCGGUAGGGGUCCGGAUUAUGAGAACCCAGAUAAUAUUAAUAUUAAUGAUGUUCUUGGAGACUAUUCUUUGACUCUAAUUGAUACAUUGGAUACCCUCGCCAUUAUUGGAAACUAUUCAGAGUUUCGAGCUGCAGUUCAACGGAUAGUUGAUCUUGUAGAUUUUGACAAACCUAACGAUCCUAAUUUCCCAGGGCUGGCUCCUGACUGUUUAUCUCAUGAUUUGGCUGAUCGCUUACUUCCGGCUUUUGAUAGAACAGAAACUGGUCUUCCCUUCCCUCGAGUUAAUCUUAAAACCGGUUUGCCUCAAGAUGGUAGAACAACAUCAUGUACAGCAGCAGGUAUAAAAUACCGGGUUUGGAUGGUAGAACAACAUUAUGUUCAGCAGGUGUUAAAACCGGAUUUAGAUGGUAGAACAACAUCAUGUUCAGCAGGUGUUGGGAGUCUUCUGUUAGAGUUUAUCCUUCUUUCAAAAUUAACAGGGGACCCUGUUUAUGAACUGUAUGCAAGACGAGCAGUAAGAGGAAUUUACAAACUACGAAAUCAAAAUACAGGAUUGAUGGGAAAUGUUGUAGAUGUGAACUCUGGAGUCUGGGAAGGGAAAAUAUCAGGUUUAGGAGCUGGGAUUGACAGCUUCUACGAGAUCCUGCUAAAAAGCUUCAUUAUGUACGGUCUGAAGGAGGACAAGGAGAUGUUUGAGGAGAGUUACAACAACAUUAAGCAGUACAUGAGGAGAGGAAGGACUGACUGCAAUAAAGGAGCUGGAUUGCAUCCUCUUUACGUGAAUGUACAAAUGGAAUCAGGGGACACUGCUACCAACUGGAUAGACAUUUUCUUCUUGUUAUAUAAAUUCGAAAUCAAUUUCAGACCUGAAUUGAUAGAGUCUACCUACCUGUUAUACCAGGCUACGAAAAACCCGUUCUACCUCCAUGUUGGGAAGGAUAUCCUUGACAGCCUUAACAACCACACCAGAGCUGAGUGUGGAUACGCAACUGUACAUGACGUCACAGAUAUGAGCUUAGAAGACAGACAGGAAAGUUUCUUUCUCUCUGAAACUGUGAAGUACCUCUACCUCCUCUUUGAUAUAGACAACCCAAUCAAUCGAAAGAGCAAGAACUACGUUUUAACUACAAACGGACAUAUUCUUCCUCUUCUGUCAAGGUUUAGAGAGAACGACUGGGAUUUAUUCGACUCUCCUCCUUCUCCGUCCUUGAAUUCGUCCAGCUUCUCCAGUUCGUCCGUUUUACCGGACUCUGUUUGUCUGCAGAUUAGUCCCGAGACUAGAUUCUCAUUACCAUUGAGAAAUCAGUAUUUGCAGCAAAUAUUUUCUGCAUUUGGAGUGUCCUGACAUUUUGGAGUCUUCUGACAUUUUGGAGCAUUCCAAUAUUUAGAGUUCUCAAUCGUUUGGAGUCUUGUAACAACAUGAAGAACUAGGAUUCUUUCUUAAAGUCUUCUAGCAAUUUGGAGUCUUUUAUCAACGUGAAGUCUUCCAACAACUUGGAGUCAUCUAACUUGGAGUUGUAUCUAAUAGCGGUACAAUUUUGUCCAAUCUAUUUCUAAUGUCGUCUUCCGUCAAUUUUUUUAUGCAAGAUCAUUUAAAUGGUAAUAUCUUCUUUCAUUCUUACCAAUUAAGAUAUUCUCUUUUCCUUCAAUACGGAAAAGGAGGAGGGGCAAAGAAUUUACUUUUAGGGCCUGUAAAGGGGGAUAAAAUUCUAACAAGACAUAAGAAUAAUUUUUUUUCUUUUUAUAUUUUCAAAUGUUUCUUAAGGGUUUAUUUCAGUAAGCUAUAUUAAUGAUUUUUAUCCCCCGGCAAUACGCCAUGCCUGUAAAAAUCAACUUACGUACAUUACAAUACAGUACAAUAACCAGGUAGGGAAGGCACGCCACACCAUUUUUUCGUCCGACCACAAAUGACGUCAAAUCUCAUUUUUUUUUGCUCGGGCGAAAAAAGGUAUGGUCGGAAGAAAUAAUGGCGAGUUGUUACCUCAUACGAAAUAUCUCCGCAUUAUAUUUUAAAGGCGACAUAUCACUCGGGACACAUCCCGCGUAUAAAAAUGUCAAUUGAAAUACAGUUAUGCCCAUAAAACUGUGGAAUAGGAUGAUGUUUGUGCAAUCUUUAAUGUAUUUCACGUUGUUACUGAUAGUUAUACUAUAGAACUUAAGAGCUUUCAAAAGAUUUUAUGAAAUUGACAAUUGUUCUAUGGGUUUUAUACUGUUAAUCUGACUCUGUUAUACCAAAAUCUCGGCAAUUAUAAAGAUAAAUAAAUAGCCAUGAAAUAUGCAGGAACAGUUUUAAAAAUUAAAUAACUGCAGCAUUCCAUUAUCAGCAGGUUUAGAAAACGACAUUGUAAAAUUUGUUCGUCCUCUCCGAUGUUCUUGGUUAAACUGUAGUAGCCUAAAAAUUAACUUUUGUGCCAAAUGAAUCUAUGGCUCUUUAGAAUUGCGAUGCUUCAUGUUCAUUGGACUGUUUCUCGUGUCUAACCGUAGUUUACCUAUUUCACAGUUUUAUGGGGCUCACUGUCUUUGUUUGUCUGUCUGUUUGUUUGUAUCCAAUAAACGUUAAAAUCGGA